UUCAGAUCUCCAAUCACCAAGCCCUCUCUGGUCCUGGCUUCUCCACCUGCUCCUGCGGGUCUUGCAUCUUCUCCUGUGUACCUCCAGUGAGGAGUGGUCCCCACCACCCUCCCCAUCAGUGCACUUACGAAGUGCUCUCAUCUUCACAAACAAGCCAGCACCCAGCCCAGCCCUGGUAGUCAGGGCGGUUGCCACAGCAAUUGACAUCAGCGACCUGGUCCCCAAGGAGCCUGCCACCUUCCGCCUGCCUGCAGGGCCUGCAUUAUCGCUUCUGCGGGGACUGGAAUGGAGGCAGAUGGGGACUCCCACCCCUGACACACACCCCAUUUUGAGAACUGGGUGGGGCUGGGAAGAGCCAGUGGCAAAGGGAGGGGAAGAGGGAAGGGCAGAAAGUAGGUGGGGCCCCCCUUUGGUGGCCUCUUCACUCCACGGCCCCAGGCUCCAGCCCACUUGGAUCCUUGGCGUUGGUGGCAGCAGCACUUGGGCCAUGGCGGAGGACAGGCCACAGCAGCCGCAGCUGGACAUGCCGCUGGUCCUGGACCAGGGCCUGACCAGGCAGAUGCGGCUACGCGUGGAGAGCCUGAAGCAGCGCGGGGAGAAGCACCAGGAUGGGGAGAAGCUGCUGCAGCCAGCGGAGUCUGUGUACCGCCUCAACUUCACCCAGCAGCAGCAGCUGCAGUUCGAGCGCUGGAAUGUCGUGCUGGACAAGCCGGGCAAGGUCACCAUCACAGGCACCUCGCAGAACUGGACGCCUGACCUCACCAACCUCAUGACACGCCAGCUGCUGGACCCCACUGCCAUCUUCUGGCGCAAGGAGGACUCGGAUGCCAUGGAUUGGAAUGAGGCCGACGCCCUGGAGUUUGGGGAGCGCCUGUCAGACCUGGCCAAGAUCCGCAAGGUCAUGUACUUCCUCAUCACCUUUGGCGAGGGUGUGGAGCCCGCCAACCUCAAGGCCUCCGUGGUUUUUAACCAGCUCUGACAGCAGCUGCCAGCUGCUGCUCUCCUCUAGCCCACCUGUGCUCUCCCCUGCCCCUGCCACUUUCCCCCCUGUAUUUUUGGGGCCA